CGCGCUGCAUUAGAUCUCUCUCACCUCAAGCCACCUUGAACGAUGUCCGCACACGAUGAAGAUGAGCUUAACGCGUCGGAGACGCCAGGCUACAAGGUCACUGCACCUGCUAAGAGCCCAGAGGAAUAUGCACAAAUGGACGCGAACGACGAGAGUUUGGCAAGAUGGAAGGCGAGCUUGGGUAUUGGCGCUGGAGGUGGUGCAGGCCCAGCAGAAGGACCAAAAGUCACCGUAUUGAGCCUCGAACUCGUUUCUCCCACUCUACCUCCAGGGAAGACCAUCGUACUUGACGUAACUAACCCUCAGGCCUUGGCUGACGCAAAGAAGAACCCGAUCACUAUCAAGGAGGGUGUAGAAUACAACGUGCUGAUCAGGUUCAAGGUCAACCAUUCUAUUAUUUCGGGCGUGAGAUACAUUCAGGUCGUAAAACGUGCCGGAGUGAAAGUCGAUAAACUGGAGCAGAUGCUUGGUUCAUAUGGCCCAUCAGCCGAGGCCUACACGAAGAACUUCCCUACCGAAGAAUCUCCGUCCGGCAUGUUGGCGCGCUCGGGAACCUACGCUGUGCGGAGCCGCGUCACGGACGACGAUAAGGAAGUCUAUGCUGACUUCGAUUGGUGCUUCAAACUUGCAAAGGAGUGGUAAUCUGAUUCUGCCACCCGCUCCAAUAAAUCUUGGGUCGAGCUUUUUUCUCUGUCGAUUGUCCUAUUAUCAGUUUUUUUUUCUUGAUGUGGCGAGAGC